AUGCAACCAAACGCUGUUAGAUACUUUGAGCUAACGGGCUCAUGGCAGUCGUAUCGUUUUUUCGACAAUUACACCAACGAGAUUCGAGAACAACUGACAUUUAAAAUAGAUGCGCUUCGCAGAGUGCAUUCGUUCUUCCGGUGUCUUGCACAAGCACUUAGUCGAAACUGCAGCACAAUUUUUUCACAUCCUUCUCAGACCAACAUCACCCAAGCGCAACUGAGACAAGAAAUUGCGUCUACCGGUUUCAAAUGGGUAGGCGUUCACAUUCGGCGCGGAGAUUUUUUGCGUGUUAAGAGAAAUGUUUCUUCGCCGGCUUUUGUGAUCAGCGCCAUGGACCAUUUUAUUCACAAAUAUGGCGUUAAUCGUACGAUAUUUCUUGUGACCGGCGAUGAGAAAGGAUAUUGUUUGAGCACAUACGGCAAUCUGACGAACGUUUUUAUCACGCCGAAGUGGUUCGCACCUAAGGAAGAUCUAGCUCUACUGGCUGCAUGUUCCGAUACAAUUGUUACCGUGGGCACGUUUGGAUGGUGGGGUGGGUUUUUAUCAGGAGGAGAAGUGUUGCAUGACCGACGAUCGCCAACUGAUCAUCGACCGGCCGACGUAAAUUGUAAAGGUGAGGAAUUUUUUCCCAAAUGGUUUUCAUUUUUAAAUAAAACCGUUUGA